UCUAGAGUUUAACACUUUUCUGGGGUUAUCGGUUAAAUUUUUAUUUUUUAUUUUUUUACUUUAUAAGAAAAUCAUUUAAAAUCAAUUAAGGUGACGAUGAUUUUGCAGUCAAAAUGAACCGUCACUACAAUGAAAAUAUUAUCAAUGAAAGUGCAAUUUUGGACAAUAUUGAGCAGCUGCUUCAUCAAGCAAGCACAGAUGAUAUAGAAAUGUACAAUAUUUCAAGUACUGGAAGUUUACCUGUUUCAAUUCAAUACAGUUCUAAUUCUGCUCCUCCUUUGGAAGUAUAUAACUUAUCUAAAUCUCCAAGAAGCAAAUACUUAAAAAACCGAGCACUUUCUGAUAAUACAAGUGAUGAUGGAAAGUAUGGUUUACAAUCAAAAAAUUCUACGCUAUCAUGCAACGAAGUAUUUGAAAUUGAAUGCACUGAUGAAGGUGCUGUAGAUGAAAAAAAUACUUUCAGCUAUGCAAACUUUCUCAAAGCACAUACAUGUUAUGAUUGUAUUCCCCAUAGUGCCAAAAUUGUUGUGGUUGAUGCAAAAAUUAAAGUUAAAAAAGCAUUCUUUGCAUUGGUUCAUAAUGGUAUUCGAUCAGCUCCUGUUUGGGAUUCUGAGUUACAAGAGUUUGUAGGCAUGUUAACUAUCACAGAUUUUAUAACUAUACUCAUACAAUAUUACAAGUCGCCAAUGGUAAAAAUGUGGGAGCUAGAAGAACACAGAAUAGAAACAUGGAGAGAGUUGUUUAAGGGAAGCCUUCAAAAUUUUUUAAUAAGAAUUUCUCCAACUGAAAGCAUUUACACAGCUGUCAAAAUGCUGGUUUUUAAUAAGAUACAUCGUUUGCCAGUUAUUGAUCCAGACACAGGGAAUGCUUUGUUUAUAUUAACUCAUAAGAAAGUUUUGCGUUUUAUUUACAAUCAUAUAGAUGAUCUUGCAAUGCCAGACUUUUUAGGAUCUUCUUUACAAGAGCUUGGUAUAGGAUCUUACAAUGUCAUAAAAAUACAUCCAUGGACAACAGUUAUUGAGGCUCUUCAUAUUUUUCACCAGAAACGUGUUUCAGCACUUCCAAUUGUGGAUGAAAAAAAUCAUUGUGUUGAUAUUUACUCCAAAUUCGAUGUUAUUAAUUUAGCUGCUGAGCGUACUUAUAACAAUCUUGAUGUCACUGUACAAGAAGCUUUAGAGCACCGUCAAGAAGGUUUCGAAGGAGUUCAUAAGUGUUUACCAACAGAAAGUCUUUAUGUUAUCAUUGAUAGAAUUGCAAAUGCUCAGGUUCAUCGAUUGGUUGUUGUGGACGAGUUCAAUAAAAUUCUAGGUGUUGUGUCAUUAUCCGAUAUCUUGCGUUUUAUCGUUCUUAAUCCACCGAAAGAUUUUACUCCUCGGUGAUUUUUUCCGCAGCAUUACGUAAUAAAGUAUUAAAGACAAGACGAAGUCAAAUACGACAUUUUUUUAUAUGUUUAUAAAUUUUAUUUAUUCAGUGUUGAGUGGUUGUUCAAUAACUGAGCAGCUUCCUUAAACUCAUUUGUAUGUUUUAUGAAACGCUUUUCAUCGACUCUCAUCAACUUAUUGCCCUUAAGUUUCAAAUUUUUUAGUAUCAUUUUGAGCGUAAAAAUAAACAUUCGUAUGUUUGCAUUUAUCAAUUUUACUUUCUGUUACUUUCUGAAGAAAUCCGAACAAAACAUCCUUAUACAAAACUUUCUUAAAAACUUUUUCUAUUUUAUUGAAUUUAAUAGUGAAUUGGACAAUUAAAUAUUAAAUAUAAUUAAACAACUUUUUUUUCUUUUCUGUUUUUUUUUUCUACGCGUGCACAUGUGAUCUGUUGUAACAAAUAGACUUUUUGGAAAUAUCUUCUUAUUUUUGUCAUGGUAAAAUAUUAUUUAUUAACACUAUUCAAUUUUAAAGAGCGAUUGCGUUAGUAUGUGAUUCUAUCUAUGCUGUAUAUUGUAUAAACGAACUCUACUUUUAACAUCAAAAUAAAAAGAAUGUUGAUAGGA